AUGGGUCAGAACCAGCAACCCGAUGCUCGUCGUUCUUCAAUAGCAGAUGCGGACAUGGCGAAGUCAAAGCGGCGAAAACUAUUACACCCCCAGCGUGGGAGCCACGUUCAGGCUCAAGGCCGAUCCCGAGCCAAAGAUACAAAAAGGAUGCCCAGAAAGAGACGACUCGGCCCUCACCCACCACGAGAUCUCCGUCACCAGAUUGGCCAGGCAAAACCUGAGACUGACCUCUCCACUCCUCCAGGGACAUCCAACGGGGCGCCGAAGUUCACGCUAUCAUUCGCCAAAUCCAUCCUCGACAAAAUCUGGAUCCGUAACAAGAAUCAGCACCGGACACAACCGUGGUGGAAAUCCCUAUCGAUGUUGAGGAAAGCAGUCUCCCGGCUUGUCCUCAUCGAGCAGGAGGAGUUGUCACUGAGGGGCCGAAUUGGACAGGACACCGCCAACGCAAAAGCCGUGAGGGAGAGGUUCGAGCGCGAGACGCAACUACGCAGAGAAAAAGAGAUCUGGGCCGACUGGGCUCGUCAGACCCUGGUGCCGAGGGCUUACCUUGGCUUUUCGGGACUAGUGAGCGAUUCUCAAUUCGCGCACCUGGGAGUUGUGUUGGUAGGCCUCUUGGCCGACGUGGUGAGCAGCGUGGGCCUGCCGACUCCAAACCCGCAUGAGCAAAUUGAGCAGCGAGGAAAAGUGAUUACCACCACAAAAAGGGGCCAAUCCGAUACGGCGACCACCAAGGCGAGAAGUCUCACGGCCAAGAGUAUCAGAGUGACGGGUCUGCAGAGCGGUGAGAUCGUGGAGAGGACCUAUGACAGCGACGACUUGGGAGAAGUGAUUGAGCGAAAGCGACGUGACCAUCAGCAGGACCUGCAGCCGAGCCGCCCUACCACCCGCACGUGGCCCGACGAAGCUUCAGACCGAGAUGCAAUGCUUGUCAGAGAGGAAGAACGAGCAGUGGUCAUGGCGGGUUCUGCGCCCGAUCGCGUCGCUAGAACAGACACGAAAAACCCCAAGCGCAAGGCCGAGAGAUCAGCAGCACCCUCACCAUCAGCACCUCUUACAGCUCCCCAAAGGGCUCCGGCCACCGAUACUACAUCACACGACCCCAGUCGUGGUGUUGGUGGAGCCGCCGGCCUCGACUUCACAGAAAGAACCACCUUCCUCGAAGAGACACAAGGACAGACGACCCGCGCCGCGAAGGAGACGAGAGUCAAAGGAAAGACCAAAACCAAAGACAGCAGCGUUAGCAGCAGCAGCAGCAGCAGCAGGACCAAAAAGAGCAGUGGGAAAGGCAAGAAGAACGCCAUUGACGACUUGUUCGCCGGCUUGACGUGA